AUGGAUCCUACGAAGCACAACCAGAUGGCUUCGAUGCAUGGCUCAGACACACGAGCCAGUAUGGAAAAGACGACAAAUCAGGGCUUUCCUCCCCAAAAGACUGCACCAGUGCCAUGGGCAUUGAUGAACUUCUAUGGAAAUGACACUUCACAACCAUGGGUUCCCGCCGGAAUCUUUCCCGACUCUCAUCAAACUCAGCAGUUGAAUGUCUCAGGCGAUCUUCGGCGCCGCAAUCAGGCUCACUUCGGGGGCGGAUGGAGGAGCCCUCUCGCUUCAGAAUGCGGUACCGUACCACAAUACUUGCCUUCAGAUUCUGGUUAUGAGAGUAGGACCAAGCAUAGCGUUGAUAACGCAUCUGUCUUCAACGAUGUGGACCGAAGUCAAGACACUCACAGUAUCUCGGGCCAACUAUUGGACUUUCAACUGGGCCCAACGCCUACCGAGUCUCAUUGGAACCUAGGGGCUACUCCCAUGUCAGUGACACAUCAUGGUGCGGCCGAUAGUAAGCUGGUUUGUGACCACUGCCGUGCUAUCUGCAAGACCAAGUCGGAAUUGAACAAACAUCACCAGCGUCACCAGAAAGCCUUCAAGUGUGAUGUUCAAGGAUGUACCCGUGCAGAGGGGUUUGGCACCCAAAAUGACCUUGAGAGACACAGAGGAAGUGUGCACCCCGAGCUCUUCAACUCGGGUCCGCGAUAUCGCUGCUAUGAAGGACCAUGUUCAACGAAGAACAAGAUAUGGCCGAGAGCCGACAAUUUCAGGCAACACCUGAAGCGGGUGCAUAGUAUCGUUGUGAAUCCCGAGGAUGAUCUUAGCGAAUAUGUUGUCCAAACUACCCAGAGGCCAUUGGGAGAAACGUAUCAACAAAGUACACAAGACGUCCUUGAAGGUGUGGGCGUGGGCUCGGAGGUGUACUACCAGGCUCCUUCUAUGGCCUGGGGCGAUGGUCCAUCGCCAAUGUAUGACGAUGUUCAACUCUCCCCUCAGCAUCCAGGAAAUGGCUUGGAGAUCAACCUCAUCGACCCGUCCUUGACGCAGAUUGGCGGCUCAGCGCGCAACGUCUGUCUUGAAUCAUCCACUGCGGACAAGGCCAUUUCCAACUCCACAUUGCACGAAAAUGAUGGCCAAUCGGUCUGCGACAGCCCUCAAUCUCACCACCAAUAUGUGCAGCCUAGAGAAGUUUCGAAAGCGCCAUCUCCAAGGAUCAUGAUUGGAGAGAGGAGGAGUCAAAGAUCCAAUUUCACUCGCGAAGGCAAUUCCGCGAGCGCUCCUGCCGCCAUGGAGAUGAAUAUCAAUCUCAAUACCAAUGGACCAAGCAGAGCCCGCAACGAGAUUUUCGAGACAUCUCCGAUAGAUCCUUUGGAUUCCGAGGUCACUAGCACUAACUCGAUCCCUUGUGCUUCGGACGAGACUAUUCUUAGGAGCCAACCUGCCAACAAUGAUUCGGCCCAGGGAGAGCAAAUAUUUAAUCAGCCUCUUCCCGCAUCUCCAAACAAGAGUAUGAGUGAACAGGCCAUGCUCGAGUUACUCUCAAAGAUGCCCAAAACCGUCAUUGAGACAUUUAUAAAGACACAGAUGGAAACGCCUCUCCAGAGAUCCACACCGACCACAAACGGCAGUGCUGACGGCCAGCAUCGGUGUUCAGACCCUGCCUGUGAUAAAGUGUUCAACCGCAGGAAGCACAUGAAGCGUCACGAAAAGCCGUAUGGAUGCACAUUUGCCGGUUGCAAGAAGAAGUUCGGCAGCAAAAAUGACUGGAAACGUCACGAGAACAGCCAGCAUUUCCAGCUUGAGGUAUGGAAGUGUUCCGAACAACGGUCUGAAGGUGACAAUGAGAGUUGUGGCAAGGUUUGCCAUCGUCGGGAAACUUUCCGAAGUCAUCUUCAAAAGGAACACAAGAUGGGCGACUCCUCCAAUAUCGAGAAGGUCCUCGAGGAGUGUCGCGUCGGACGAAACGGAGAACCGAAGUUCUGGUGUGGCUUCUGUGUCAAGAUCGUCGACAUCAACAAAAAGGGUGCCACCGCCUGGGCCGAAAGAUUCGAUCAUAUUGACAACCACUACGCUGGACGUGACGGCUUAAUCAAGAAGGACCACUCCCAGUGGGUAGCUGUCGAUCCUGACUCGCCAGACGUCAACGCCACCGGAUCUUCGGACGACUUGAGUGAUGCAGACUCGGCCGAUGACAUUGUAAUCAUGUCUGGCUCACGAAAGUCGACGAUUAAUGGAAGAGGUGUCAACCGUCAGUCAAGAAAGAGAGGCCUGGACGAUGGCGCCGAGCAGCCCGGCCGUAAGCGGAUGAAGACAUUCAUGUGGGAAUGCUGCUCGUGUACAUGGGAGGCAGACCAUAAAGUGCAUUCGGCUUGUGUGAACUGCUCUCACGUGCGUUGUGGUCAAUGCAGUGGGAGGUGGGUUGAGAUUCAGGAAGACAGGGACGCCAACAGCACCGGCGACAGCUCGAACCAGGUGUAG